AUGGCCAUGCUAGUAGUCUACAGCAGCAGCUCAGAGGAGGAAGGUGACUCUUCAGUAAAUACUGGAAGACAACAAGAUGGUGAAAGUUCAUAUCCAGCUAAAAAACCUACAUUCGAACAAUCAACAAAAACCAAAUUACCUGUGCCUCAUUGUGUCCUGAACAUGUUUCCGGAUGAGAUUGAAGCACAGACUGAAGACCGCUCACUCCAUGGUGGACGUAUGCGUUCAUUUAAACAUGAACAGGGAAUUUGGGCGACCUAUGUUUAUUUACCCUACAAACCAGAAGAAGAAUUCAUGGACAUACUGGCAGAGCUUGUGUCUGUAGCCAAAUGUCAUGGCAUAGAGUUGACGCCACAGGAGGAGUUCCAUGUCAGUCUCUCGCAGACCGUUGUGCUGAGACAUCACUGGAUACAGCCAUUUACACAGAACCUCAAGGCAGACUUGGCACACUGUCGAAGGUUCAAGUGUUCAGCAGAGAAGUUAAAAGUCUAUUGUAAUGCUGAGAAGACAAGAACAUUUAUUGGUGUGGAAGUUUCAGCAGGAAGUAAUCAACUAGUGGAGAUUAUCAAAGUAGUGGAUAAAACGAUGACAGAUUUUAGAUUGGAGACUUUUUAUAAACUUCUCAUAGUCACUGCUAAAGAAAAGCAGCACUAUAGCAUGAUGCUGGGGGAUCCCUCAUUCCACGUGAGUCUGGCCUGGUGCAUUGGAAAUGUUGAGGCUCAAAUCAAUACAUUUCUUAAAGAACUUCAGAGCAUAAUGGACACUCAAGAGGACGGCCCAUUUACCCUAAGUUUGAACUGUGUGGAACUUCGGUGCCGAACAGGCAACAAAGUUUUUUGCUUCCCAUUGCACUGUGAAUGA